AACACAAGUCAUAACUAAUGAUCAACCCGGACAGUGUCUACAGUGGCACCCCGGUAAACCUCAAACUUCAACAUGUUAGCUAGAUGUUUACAUUUGUUCUGACCCAUGGUUCAGACGUGUACAUUUACCUCAUAUUGACAGGCUUGUGGACGUUGUUUCAUACUGUAGCAUAUUAUUUGUAAAAAAUGACUGAAACGGUCCCGGCUGAAAACUGGAUCCUUCUGCAUCCCGUGUUUCGUGAAAUGAAAAGCCUUGGAGUCGAGGAUAGCGCUCAGGUACAUGCAGCCUUCCUCGCUUACAUGGACCUGACUGAGGUUCGACAUUGGAAAGAAGUGUCCUGUCUCAAGUGCCCAGAACUGCAGUUGGUUUUACUGGAAGCGACAGAGAAAGAAGGAGGACCUACUCAUACUGUACUUCCUCUGCCUGUCCAUCAAUCCAUCACACACAAAAGUAUACGCUGUGUGCUGGAUAGAGGAUUUCCUAUGCUGCUUUGUGCGGUCGCAUCAGACUCUACUCUUGUGUACCAGAAGAUCUCUGAUGGUCUUGUGACACCUGAGCCCCCCAUGGGCCCCUUCCAGGAUGUGGGACGGCGGCAGAACAGAAAGAGAAGGCACCACCCCCAAUAAGUAGGUGGAGCAUUGGAGGCCAAACUAGAAAUUAGUUCAUUAUUUUAAAGACUCAACUAUAACACAUGCAAUAUUAUCCUAAAACAAUGGCUUUUUAUUAUUUGAUAAAAAGUAAUUAUCUGAGAUUCUAUGCCUCUGUUCACACACUUAUAUAGCUUGGGUGCCAUUGCAGGAUAGACAUACUGAAUACAGCAUUUUCACUUACUGUCAAAUAUCAGUACUUUCUUAUUUUGUGUAUUGUUAACUUAUUGUUCACUACAGUAAAGCUUUGUGUGAAAAGUUACCUUAUAAGACAUUCUGGGCCUAUUUCAUCAAUUUAAUGGGGCCACCAGGAUAUCAGCUGGACCGAUGUUUAUUACAGAGCAACUACGUAACAUAUCUGCUCUUUGCGUUUAAAAACACUUUAAUAAUAAUAUUGCAUAAGCCUUACACUGUGACUCGUUUUGUGUACUCUCAAAGCCUUUUGAAAUGCAUUACUCAUUUACGCCUGAAGCAUUGACAGAGAUGUGGUUCCUAAUCUCCUUCCAUGUUCUCCUCCCCAACAACCUCCAGCCUCACCUCAUUCACUCACACAUGGAUAAUAUUCAUACUCCUAUAUUCUGCCUAUACCCUGUGUAUAUGUAUAUGUGUAUGUGUGUGUUUUUAUAUAUAUACAUACAUACAUAUUAUAUAUGUUUAUAUAAAAGACGGGUGAAUGGACAUGUCAGUUGAAUUAAAAACUUGCUUCCACAACUUGAAUUGAAAUAAAAAAAAAUAUUUAUUUUUCUACAAAAAUGCAUCAUUGUAUGAAUGAAGGCCGUGACUAUAGUGUAUACAGUCAGUGAAGUUGCAGUUUUUCUGUGAUGUGGUGUUGGUGGCGGCUAAUGGGAGUUCAGAUAUGACGAUAAUACUUCAGCCCUGAGACUUUUUGAGAUCUCAACUUCAUAACACAAAUUCUAAUAGAUAAACACAGUGAUCGGGCUAACCAAAAGUAGAAACAAAAUAUAUAUUGUUGGAAUAUAAAUCUCCAGAGGCACCCAGAAAAUAAUUCAGCACAAUGUGAAUUAUUGUAUUUCCUCUUGGGUGUCAAAUACUGGAGCCUAUUCACUGCUGACCGCUUGGAGCUUCUAUCCAGGACUUAAGUUUGUCUUCCACAGGAAUGGCUUUAUGGGGGAGGUAAAUCUGUUAAUAUCCUCAAACUGGAUUUAGAGUAGAUCUCUGGGCUGCUGUUUGUAGUUUGUAGUUGGUGCGUACAUGAGCUGAGUGGUCACAACAAAACCAGGACCAAAUGUGUGACUGUCGGUGCAGUCCCUUUUAUGGCUGAAGUCUCUGUGCUAUGUCAGAUCAUCCUCUUCUGAGCAGUAGUCUCUUCCCUGAAACAACAUGUAACAUCAUUAACUGUGCUUGUAAAUAAAAGGUGCACUGUGAAACUUUAGUUGUUUUCUCCACCUGCUUGUGUCCAUGGAGAUGUUAUUACUUUGCCUGGAAUGUUCCACUGUACAGUACAUUAUUAAACUUGCAUGUUGUGCUGCAAAUGAG